AUGUAUCACAACCAUCACCUCGGUCCAUGUUUGCUUUGCAACCCUCACAGCUACAUAAGAAUGGUUCAACAUCUUAUAGAGAGAUGCUUGUUACUUCACAUGAGUCGUGACCAGUGCAUAAAGGCGCUAGCAGAGCAUGCAAGCAUUAGGCCAAUUGUCACACUUACAGUGUGGAGAGAGCUACAAAAGGAGAAUAGGCACUUCUUUCAAGCUUAUUUCCACUCUAUCUCUCUCAGGCCUUUAAUGGUUAUAUUCAAAGGGGGCCAAGAUUUGCAAGAAGGAAACACUACUGAAGUGAAUUGA